AUGGUGUCCAGACCUUUCCGCAUCACCGCCGCCAAGAAGCUUGCCCAUUGCGAAUCGGCGGUUGGAUCUGCUGCUGACAAGGGGCCUGAGACGAGUGCUUCCGGAGCAGACGAACAUCGCCAUAUUCUGCUCGUAGGCUUCGAGGACAUUUGUCGCCUCCGACACUUUUUGGUGGUCGCAUGCGAGAGCUGGGCCAUCAGGAACGGCGUUGGAACCCGUGCGAAGGAGCUGCUGUCGUGCGCCCCCGUGGCCGCGCAACGCUACCUCGCGGGUGUUCUGGAGGUGAUGACGGGACCUCUUCGUGAUCAGGUGCUGCAAACCGAAGGGACCGUCGACGCCCAGGUAGAACUCAUGCAAGACCUCGCAGACGAGAUGAUACUGGAUGCUGUGGUCAAGGAGGCGUUUUUUUCUACGGGUGACAUCUUCUUCGAAAUUUCUAGAAGACUAGAGGCGGCAGCAGCUACCGUUGCCGCGGGCUCGGCGGUCAAUACCGCAGCAGGGGAAAUUGCGUUCCGUCACGAUGGCUUUGAUGGCAGGCGAGCGGUGGUUUCGGACGCUCGCUUGAUCUCCGCCACCGCCGCCGUCCUUGACGCAGCAUUUUUUCACAGCAUUCAGAUUCCACAAAGGAUCGAUCUCGUCGGACGGCCGAAGCCGAUGUCUCUUCCAGCCGUAGCCGAGCACCUCGUCUUCGUCUAUUGUGCCUUGUGCCGUCGAAUAGUGACGAAUUGUGAGGAUGGGGCCGACAACAGUGACAUCGACACUGGAGGCAGAAACGACCUCAAAGGUUUCUCACCGGCGGGGGUUGAGCGUUUGGCGGAAGACGCGAUGUCGCCGUUGGACGCCUUGUCCACGGGCGUCCUGGACCGUGUUGUUCGGGCACUCAACGGAAUAAGCGACGUUGUCAGCCUGUUCAACAUAGAGCACGAACACUUGGGUAUUGUUCGGAACCUAGUGGGCGUUGGGCUCGGCGUCAAGGUGCGCGUGGGAAUCCAACCCGCCGCCUCGGAUGCGCUAGCCUUCGUCGUCAGGGUCAACGACCGAGCCGUCGACCUUAUCGAGGACCUCGAUCGGCGGGAGCAAGAACGGCGACAGCUGGAGGAAGCAAGGUUGCUAGCACUGGGACCUGUCAGCGUCUCGCCCACUUCCGAGAAGAACAAGGGCAAGAAGAGGAGCGUUUUCGCUAGGCUUGGUUCUCUCUCCCCACGCCCCCGUAGGUCGGUAACCCCGCCCUUGUCUCCGCCAUCGCCAGCCGUCGAGCCACCAGUAGGACUUCCACCGAUCAACGAUAACAGCGACGUCAGGACAAACUAUAUUUUGGAAGGCGGCAGCGGGAGUGCCAGCAAGACCACAGCUCGAGCGGGCGUACCCAAACAAGAGAAGAGUGAUGUAGACAACGCCAGCGGUGGCUUAUUAGGUGGCUUAGUAGGUUUGGAAGGGCGGCGGGGAGGUGGAAAUAGCGUUGGGUCUCCUCCACCACCCUCGGCGACGCAGUGUUUUGAAUCUCAAGUUUCUUCGCCUCGAGGAUUUCUGUCGAGUGCACCAGUGCUUUUGCACUCAUACGCAAAGCUGUUGAACGCGUUGGUGUGUGGGAGUUACAACUUGAGGGAGGCCUUCUUCUCUUCCUGCGAAGUAGACAUCCGCAACAUAGGUCGAGAGGGCGGCUACCUCGACGUUUUAUCUAGGCUGGACGGAGGGGCCCCGCGAUUGGUAUUCAGGCAAACCGCCCUGUUCUUGCACGAGAUAGCCAACUUGUUUUAUUCGUUCAAUUCGGCCGUGAGAAAAUGA